AUGACAGAUCCCUUUAGAAAUUGCUUUGUGACCAAAACCAAAGAAGAGGAAGAAAAUGAGAGUAUCUUAUGGCAGAGGUACCAAAACCUGGUUUCAAGCUUUCCAAAAGAGCAAGGUUGGGGAUUUGAGAAUUAUAUCUGCAAUUACCAAAGCUUCUGGUAUGCAGAUAAACAUUGCCAAGCAGUACUUGCAGUUCAAGACCACUUCAAGGCUCGUUCUAGUGACAUAAUCCUUGCAACCAACCCCAAAGCAGGUGCUACAUGGAUCAAAGCUCUUCUCUUCGCCACUGUUACACGCAGUAAGUACCCAAUUUACAACCAUCCCUUACUCUCCCAGAACUCUCAUUUUCUGGUUCCAUUUCUCGAGAUAGGGCUUUACAACAAUCGAAUCCCUGACCUUGAAACCCUUCCUUCUCCCAGGCUCUUCGGAACUCACAUAUCUUAUACUUCGCUGCCACAGAGCAUGAUUGAUUCCGGCUGCCGGAUUGUUUAUCUUUGCCGGAAUCCGAAAGAUGUGUUUGUGUCCAUGUGGCAUUUUAAAAACAAGAUGAGAGAAAGGCUCUCAAAAAUACCUUUGAGUAUCAUGGAAGCAUUUGAGAGGUUCUGCAAUGGGGUUACCCAUUUUGGGCCUUUCUGGGAUCAUGUGUUGGGAUACUGGACAGCUAGUUUGGAAAGACCUCAAAAUGUGUUGUUCAUCAAGUAUGAAGAAUUAAAAGCAGACCCAGUUGUUCAGUUGAAAAGGGUAGCUCAGUUUGUGGGUUACCCUUUCACCUCUGAAGAAGAAAAGGAAGGGUUGGUUGAUGAGAUCUUGAGGCUGUGUAGCUUUGAGAAUUUGAGUAGUCUUGAAGUGAACAAGACUGGAGAAGCCCCAAUGGGUAAAUUUAAAAAUGAGGCUUUCUUUAGGAAAGGUAAGGUUGGGGACUGGGAUAACUAUUUCACAUCUGAGAUGAUUGAGCGAUUGGACAAGAUCACAGAACAGAAGUUUCAUGGCUAUGACCUCAAGCUCUGAUAAGUAUUAAUUAUAUAUAAAGAGAU